AUGUUAUUCAAGGUGAACUUUGAGAAAGCGUUUGACUCGAUAAGUUGGGAAUUCAUGAAAUCGGUUCUAGCUCAAAUGGGAUUUCCGGCCCUUUGGAGGAAAUGGGUUAUGGGACUAUUAAAGACGGCUAGAACUUCGAUUUUAGUUAAUGGGUCACCGACUGCAGAAUUUGAAAUCCAAAGGGGGGUGAGACAAGGUGAUCCAUUAUCUCCUCUCUUAUUUAUCUUGGCGAUGGAAGCAUUACACAUAGCUACGGAAAGUGCAGUCAACUGUGACAUAUUCAAAGGCAUUACAACACCAGGUUCGGGUCCUACAAUCUCACAUCUUCUAUAUGCAGACGAUGCUCUAUUUGUAGGUGAAUGGUCUGAAGACAAUUUCCAUAACCUUGCUAGACUUCUAAGGUGUUUCCAUUUAUCCUCGGGUCUAAAAGUGAAUUUUUCAAAAAGUAAAGUGUUCGGUGUGGGGGUGGGAAACGGAGAUAUCUCGGAGAUGGCUACGAUACUUGGGUGUUAA